CCCCGGCCACCCUCUCUUGCCUCGCCACGCCGACGCCUGGCGGCGUGCUCACACACCCAGGUCCCCGCACCGAGCGAGUGCGUGCUCGCGCGUGCCCUGACACCGCCGCCCCGGCGCCCCAGACAGCCAUGCGGGGAGCUUGGCGCGCCUGGACCGAGUCACUCACCCGCCCAAAGCGGAAGUACUCCCUCGAGAACUUCAAAUAUCUCACCCAGCAGCUUGCGCGGCACAAUGCCCAAUUUCUGUCCGGCGAGCCGACCGGCAUCGAUGCCAGCUCGCAGGCCAUCGUCGAGACCCUGCGGCAGAUCGCCGAGCUCCUCAUCUGGGGCGACCAGAAUGAGACGAACUUCGUUGAACACUCCUAUGAGGCCAACCUUCUGAGCAACUUCCUCCUCCUUCUCAAUCAGAAGCCGCCCCCUCCGCCAUCGAUUGUUGUGCAGCUUCUCCAAACGCUGAGCAUUCUCUUCGAAAACAUCCGCACUCAGACGCUCAUCUACUUCCUUCUGUCCAACAACUAUGUCAACGACAUCAUCCAGCAUGAGUUUGACUUCGGCGAUGAGGAGACCCUGGCCUACUACAUCUCCUUCCUGAAGGCCCUGUCGCUCAAGCUGAACCCCAGCACCGUCAGCUUCUUCUACAAUGAGCGCCAAAACGACUUCCCACUCUACUCCGAGGCGAUCAAGUUCUUCCGCCACGAUGAGAGUAUGAUUCGGGUAGCCGUGCGCACCCUCACGCUCAAUGUCUUCCGCGUGGACUGUCCGCGCGUGAAGAACUUCAUCCUCGACCGCUCGGCCCUCCCCUACUUCGCCAACCUCGUCUGGUUCAUCGGCGACCAAUCCCUGACCCUGGACGAGUUUGUGGUCUCCUCCAAGGGAUUCGAACUCGCCGGCAAGCUCAAUGACCAGGUGGCUGAGCAUGUGGAUCACUUUUACUACCUAAAUGACAUUUUGACCACCGGUGCACCGGAAAUCGGGGAGAUCCUCUGCCGACAGCUCAUUCGCAAGUUGGUCAUCCCCCUGUACCUGAUGUCGCUGCUUGACCCGACGGCCUCCUUCCUCCAGCUGGCCGGGUCUUCGGCGGAUCUGUCCCCGACCGCCGGGGCAGGAACCGGGGCGGCGCCAGUUCCGACGCGCGUCAGCGUCCGGACCGCGCUCACGCUCCUGGCCCAGAUGAUGCACAUUUUCAGCCACUCCAAGCUGGUGUCCCUGAUGGCGGUGCUCCUCUUGGCGCCGACCCGUGCGGCCUACCUGGAAUACCUGCGCCAGCUGUCCUCCAACCAAUCGAAGGGCCCCUCCUCGCUGCUGGUUUCGCCGCAGAUCCCCUCGUCCACGGCCUGCCUCGGCGACUCCUCGCUCGACAUCGACCGGAGCUCGGCCCUGGACAUUGAUGCCAUCAUUUGCGCGGCCUUUCGAUCGGCCAAUGGCAGCAUGGGCAUGGGUGCCGCCGCUGCCGGCGCCGACUCGACCACCGGCUCGACCCUGCUGGCGGCCAAUCCGCCGGCCAACCCGCGUGAUCCGGUUGACCUGUCUGGCGACCCGCGUGCGGAUGGCCAGGCUGCUGGUGCCUCCCUGGACAAUCCCGAGGGGCAUUCCUCCUCCACCUCGGCCGGGGGCCAUUCGGCGCUCGCCUCCAGCUGCGGCAUCUCGGAGUCCUCCUCCUCGGCUGCCUCGCACAGUCCGACCACCUCCCUUUCGGCAUUGCCCUCCUCGCUGUACUUCGUCAGCCGCCGGGACCGGGCAAGCGAGCACCGGCUGGUGAUCCCCAGCCGCAAGGGGCUUGGACCGCGGCGCCAGGCCGCCUCGCCCCUGCCGGAUCUCAAGAUCCCCAGUGCCUUCACCGGUGGCAAUGGGACCAAUGCCGGCUCGCCGACCGGGCAGGCGUCGAAGGGGCGCGCGGCUGCGGCUGCCGCUCCGGCCGUCGCCGCCGCUUCUGCCAUUGCCGCUGCCGGCGCCGGCGCCGGCGCCACUGCUCCUGUCGGGGGCCCCGCCUCGACCACCGCCGCCGCUGCCGCCGCCGCUGCGACUCCAUUGGCGGAUGAGCGGCCGAUUGGCUUUAAUCUUGGCAAGUCCUCUGAUCCCAAUCCCUUCCGCGAAGCAAUUCUCCACUUCCUGAAUUGCUCCGAGUCCGACCAGGAGGCCCUGCCCGUGCUGUCUCUCCUGCACUUGACCUCCAAGAACAAGAACAUCUCCCCGGCCAUCCUGGACCUGGUGGGGCUCCUCCCGCGGAGCUACACGGCCAGCCCGCCGGCGGCAGCCGACCCGCCCCCGGCGCAGGAUCCCCUUCCGGCAAAGUAUGACGGCGAGCUGGUGUCGGCCCUGCUGAACAAUGUCAUGGAGCAUUCGCACCGCUGUCGGCCGGUGACCCUGGCCCUGGCCACGUCGCUGUUGGGGGAAAUCACCUGGCGCCCCACGGUGCCCAGCGCGCCGCAUGAGGCCUCGCUCAACCCGCGGCACCUGCACACCCUGCGCUCGAUCGAGCUCAGCACCCGGUCGAAGCUCUUCGACUCGAUGCUGGGCUUCUACCUCCGGCCGGAUGUCUCCCGGUCGCUGCCGCUGACGGAGGAGCGCGGCCCGGAGGCCGGGCACCCUGGCACCGGGCAGCAAUCGCCCAGCUUCCCGGGUACGCCGCACGGCACCGGGCCGAUGGAUGCGUCGCGCGCCUCGGCCGACCGGUCAUCCACCGCCUCCUCGCGGUCAUCCAUGGCGUCCACCUCGUCGGCGGUCUCCGCGCCCCCGGCCUCCAUCUAUCGGCCGGGUCCGGCUCGCCCCGAUGCCAUGGCUGCCGGGGCGGAGUUUGGCCGCACCGAUCCCGAUGCCCUGCCCGACCAUCUGGACGUCUUUGAGGAGGAAUUUGUUCGGUUCACGCGCGCCUGCCCGGAAUUGGCCGAUGUGUGGUGGUCGGGCCCGGGUGCCUUUGCGCGCGCCCUCAGCAGCCCUGCCAGCACCUCGGCCAUUCCGGGCCCGUCGGCCGGCGCCCCGGCAGGUGGCCCCCCUGCGGCGGCCCCCAGCAUCUCGGUCCAGGAUGCCGGGCUGCUGUCGCCACGCCGGCGAUUGCCAUUUGCCGGGUUCCCGGCCCAGUUGCACGGUCAGGCCGAUGGCGGCCGGUCGUCCAUCUCCUCCGUGGCAUACCUGCCGCCCAACCCGAUCACCAUGGAGUCGCGCCCGGUGGCAGUUAUCCGGGAAAUUGCCAAUGGCUUCUGCCCGGUGGAUGUCAUCGGCCGCCUGGUGACCGGCAGCCCGGUGCUCCUGGUGCCGGUGGUGACCGAGCCUGGAAGUGUCUUCCUCCGGCGGCUGCCAUUCGACCAGCGCCCGGCGCUGAAUCUCUAUGAGGAUCUGGUCGGUCUCAUCCGGCGGUUCCUGGUGAUUCGCGCUCUGCGCCAGCGCCUUGCUGCCAGCCAUAGCUCCUGUGAACCGGAGCGCGAGCUCCCGCCCCCGCCGUUCGUCCGGCCGGCCGGUGCCUUUGCCUCGGAUCUGGUCGAUCUGUCGCAAUUCACCCUCUCCGAGAUGGGCGAGAAGGCCAAGGCCAGCCAAUCGGCCAGUCAGCAUGUGCAGCUGGCAGACUUGCACCUGGCCGCCCCUGCGGCCUCGGGCGCCUGCUUCAACAUCCUGCCCCUGGACUUUGGCACCCAUCGAGCCCUGGGGGAGUCCCUCGAGCUGACGGCCCUCCAGCAGGAUGCUCGGCUCAGUGGCCAGCCCUAUGUGCACAACACCAUCGACGUUGAGUUUUCCGUGUCGCAGGUGGCCGCCGGCGGCAUGAGCCACCCUCGGCGCCUGGUCCUCACCGGCGAGCGCCUGCUCCUGCUGGACUGCCCGACGCACCGCGGAGCCGAUGCCUCGGAAGGCAGCGCCACCGACGACGACCAUGACGCCGCCGUCGCCGGCGCUGCGACCACCGGCGGGGAUCCCCAUGGCGGGGCUCCCGCGGCCACGGUGCUUUUCGGGGUCACCUACUCGCGGGUGGCGUCGGCCGCCAUCCUCCCCGACACGGAUGACGGGCUGGCCACCUCCUGCCGGCUGAUGUUGGAGCUGCUCGUGGAUCCUGCCUGGGUGGACACGGCCCUCGGCCAUGUCAGCCCGGCGGAGCGCGCGGCCGCCAUUGGCGAAGCCGUGGCGACUGCUCGCCGGCGCACUUCGUCCGCCGGGGAGAAGCACAUCGACGAACCGGCUGCGGCCCCGGCCCCGGCCCCGGCCCCGGUCCCGGUCCCGGCGGCUCUUACUCCGCCACCGGUGCCCCGGCUGGCCGCGCGUGCGGGGCUCUUUGCCCUGCCGUCGGUCCAGGACCCGAGAGUUGGCGGCGGGCCUCUGCCCCCGGGCGCCGGGGGGGCCCUUGCCCCGGGCGAGGUCCCCCCAACGUCGGUCCUUGCUGCGGCCCUGUCCGGGCACUUCCUCUUCUCGACUGGCGGGCCGGGGGGUCUUGCCGAUGCGGCGGCCGUGGCGGCCGCCGAUGCCAGUCUCCUGGGCAGCGUGCGGCGCUUUUCCGCGGAAUUUGGCCGAGCCUCGGCGGUUGGUGCCCGACCUGGCCCCUUGGCUCUGCCGGCCGCGGCGGGCGGCGCGGGCGCGCGCAUGCCGGCCCCCGCGUCGCAGGUGGUCUUCCGGACGGCCCUUUCAACCCCGCCCUCCGGGCAACUCCAUGCCUCCUUGCCCGGUGUCCUGCCGGUGGCCCCGCCUCCGGCCUCCAUGCUUGGGGCCACAUUGCGGCAGCAUUACCGGUCGGCCUUCAUCUUCGUGGACUUCGCCUCGGCAUCGGAUGCCUUGCUGGCCUUCGCCGAGUUGGCCCGCUACCGGGCCCAUGGCCAGGCCACCCGGACGCGGGCCCUGUUGGGAGUCCUCGCAUCGACGCACUUCCUGCAGGUGGACCGCGCCACCGGGGCCGUUGCCGCUCGGCCGGCGCACCUGCACGCGGGCGGUGGGGCCGACCUGCCGGAAGCCCUGGCCGCCGUCAGUCUGUCGGAUGCCGUGGCCAGCGGGGGCGGUCCUCCUGUGCCGGGGCCCCCGCUGCCGCCGUCGCACCAGCAGCAGCAGCAGCAGCAGCAGCAGCAGCAGCACCUGUCCCGGCACUUGUCGCGUGUGCCGUCGCUCUCCUCCUGCCCCCUGUCCUUGUACUAUGGCGACUCCUUUGUGUCGCUGGCCAGCUCGAUGUCCGUCAUGUCGCUUGGUGGCGGCGUUGGUGGUGGGUCCACCGGGCCGACCGACGAGGCGGCGCCUGCCUUUCCCCCCUCGGCGGGGGGCAGCAGCCUCGGGGCGUCCUACCUGCGGAACUCCACCUCCUCGCCGAUCAUCCGUUCGAGCCAGCAGUCCCGGGCCGUCAGCACCGACCUGACGGCCCUGGACCCGACGCUCGAGGUGUCCGCCACGUCCAUCGGCCCGGACCUGGCUCCGUACCUGCUUUCGGACCAGGUCCUUCCGCAGAGCAUGCUCGCGGCGUUGGAGGCCUCGGCCUCGGCCAGUGCCGUGGCGCAGGCCCUGUCGCAGUCGUCCGACCCGGGGUCCUCCUCGAGCACCACCGACCCCGGUGACUCGCAGCUUCAGUUUGAUGGGGUGUCGACGACGCCGCCAUCGGACUCGAUGCCGCCCUCGCCGUCCGGCGGCUUCCCCGGGCAUGCCGCGCCCAAGCGCCCCUCUUUGGCCCCGGCGCCGCAGUCCGAUGCUGGUGCUUCAAAUUCAGACCCAGGGGAGGGUGCCCUUCCUGCCCCGGUGGCCGGCGCUGCCGGGAUUGACCGGGGGGCCGUCGCCGCCGCCGCCGCCGCCGGCGAGGGCCACCACUCCGACGGGGGGGAAGCCUCGUCGGAGACCGGCGAGGAUAUCCUCAUCCUCGCCGACCGGGUUCUCACUCAGGGCCAGGAAAUCUGCCUGCCUCCGGCCAGUCGCCCAGCCAGCCCAUGUCGCCCGGCGGUGGUUCCGGUCACCGUGCAGGGGGUCCCAUCUCCCUUCGGUCCGGCGCUGGGCUCUGCCCCGCUGGUGACCACCAGCAAGAUCAAUGACGAGCCCGCUCCGGUGUCGGAGCCAUGCAUGGCGGCUGGCGAUCCUGGGAAGCUGCAAUCCAUCUGCGAGGAGGCUGACCCCUCGGUGGGGGAAGCCGAAUCCCACGGCCACUCUACAGAGCUGGACUCCGGGCCGCCGGUUUCCGGCGGUGAGGAUGGUCAUUGCUCAGAUUGCUCGGACUGCCAUGGCGAUGCCGCUGCUGCUGCUGCUGCUGCUGAUGGUGAUGUUGAUCUGGGCAUGCAUCCAGAAGCUCGUGUGGAUGAUGGUGCCGGGGCCGAUGCCGACGCCGGUGCUGAUAUCCCUGCCGAUGCCGACGUCGGUGCUGAUAUCCCUGCCGAUGCUGGCGCUGAUGGGGGUGUUGGUGAUGAUCUUGGCAUUGGUGCCGAUGUCAAUGCUAGUGCCGACACUCCGGUUGCCGCGAGCUCCGGCGAUGACACUCAGACCGAUGCCGAUACCACGACCCCCGGUGCGGAUGUUGGGGCUCAGCCUGGCAAUGCCAUUGAGGCGGCUUCGGGCAGCCCGGGCCCCGACGCCGAUGUCGCCACCGAGGCCCAUGCUGAUAUCAGCGCCGGCGCUGAGGUCAACGCAGAUGUCGGCGAUGAUGCCAUCGAGGGGGGGGCCCUCCCCGUUGGGCACCAGUGA